AUGACAUAUCAACUACGCCUUGGCGAUAGAAAAUACAGCAGAAGAUUUCAUACCAACUCCGUGUAUUUGAACGUUGACUUUACGCAGAAUUGGCAUCAUGUUUUACCAGCAGAGGUUCCUCAACAGUUGGAUAUUACUUUUAACCAAAUUAUCCGGGACAUUGGAAACUAUUUGAGUUGCGACCCAGACGACCAAGUGAGAUUUGGCGUGUCACACCCAGGACUGAAAUCACCAGCGUGGAUUCCAUUCAACAAAUGGUCGGGGAUAAGAGCUCAAGAUAUUUUGAACCCCGUGGCAAGAAUUUUACAGUCGAACGAGCAAUUCAGAUUAGACGAACGAAUGACACUACAUGUGUGUCACGUGAGUGUUCCAAAAGGAGAUGGUCAAGGCAAGUAUCUAUUAAAACGAGAAUCAUUAUCACUCGAGGAUUAUUUAAAGAGAAAGAGGGCGCUCGUAGUGGUCAAAAACAAAGAUAAUUUAUGCUUUCAACGAGCAAUUGUCAUCGCCAAACACUACGCCAACAAAAACGACACACCAGAAUGGGAAGCAGAAAGGAAUAAGUUAGUAAGGAUCUCAGGACCUUACAGUUGGCAGACGAAAUGCACCAAACGAUUGAUUGAACAAGUUGAUGGACGUGCUGAAGCUUGCCAAGGACAGGAAACGUGGGAGUUGUACCAAAGGACCCUCGGACAACAAGGCUACCAACUGUUUGUGUAUUCUAGACUCCUAUUUGGAAAAUUAUUGUACAAAGGCAAAGUUUCCGGUACCCCUAAAAACUUCAUCUCUACCAUCACGACCACCAUUAUGACGUCAUUACUUCAAUGCCUGCCUUUCCAGAGAAAAAUUAUUAUUGCGACUUGUGUGGAAAAGGUUAUGAGCAUAUCGAGACACACACGUUUCAGCGUAUGCAAUGGUUGUCGCCGACCCGGCAAAGAUUGCCCCACUGAUACACCUCGAUCCUGUUUAGAAUGUCAUCGAACUUUUUUCAGUGAGGAAUGUUUUAAAGCUCACAAGACUGGAACCACCCUCAACGCCAUCACCACCUGUAACAAAUGGAAACAAUGCACCAAAUGUUGUAAGGAAUGA